UUAGCGGACAUGAGGAAGUAAAAGUAAGCAGAGUGGGAUCGAGAUACAGGGCGGAUUGGAGAAGCAGGUUAACCCAGAGACUAAUAUUACACAUUACUAAGUAAAUAACCGUUCAUUAGCUAGUAAGUAACAAUAGAAACGACUCAUAAAGGUCACUAAUGUAGGCACGAAGGCCAUUAGAUAUGUUGUUUUAGCCAACAUUUACGUAAAUAGCUAACGUUAACGUCACUGUAACAUCCAUGUUACACUAGCAAACAUGUCAAGUAAAACGCUCCUCGUCGCCUGUCAUGGCUGUCAUUUAGCUCCAUCUGGCUUUAAUGACAAUGAACGUAUCCAGUCGUGUCAUGAUGCAGAAAGAAAACCUCGGGCCAGUAUUUAACUAAUGGGCAACUGUUGGGGAGCUGUCUAGUGUUAUGAACAGUGGCUUCAAUGGAGAGAAGCAGCGAGGAGGGGGCAGCAGGUCCUGAUGAUGAGGAUGGAGACCUGGCAGCCGGUUGGAUUUUGAAGCCAGGCAGGUCUGAGGCUGAAGAAGUAGAAGUGACAUCUGCAUGCAAUCCAUUAAAGACAACAUCCCAAGGUGGAGCUGCAGACCGUUCUACAGACAUUUUGGCUCUGAGGCUCUGGAGAGGACUUGUGCACCAGGAUCAGGAGCAGUCAGAGAGGGAGACUGGACCAGUAAUGUCUGAUGGCCAAACAGAAGUUGUUGAGCCAGAGAGGGAGGCUUCCUCCGUGUCUCCCUCCAGCCUCAUGGACACCUGUGGUCCUUCCAUAUCAACCCUCCCCUCCUCUUACUCCUCCAUGCAUCAUCAUGCCGAUUUUUCUUCCUCAUCCUCCUCCUCGCCCACCCUGUCUCUGACUCCACCCUUGCCUCCCUCUGUGGAGCUCUCAGCUGUGUUGACUAAUACAAAGCUGACCCUGGAUGUUUACUUGGGAGGAGCAGCUGUACUGCCACUGCUUUGGGGGUCCAUCCCAGGGCAGCUGAGGGGCCUCCGGUACCUGACACUGGGCUCUGAGGAUAAACCAGGCCUGGAUGGCGCACUGGAUGUCCUACCCCAUCUAACAGAGCUGCGCUCACUGACUAUUCGGGGACACCGUUUUCAUGACUCGCAAGGUGACCCGCUGCCUGGCCUGCUCACCACUUUGCCCACAUCUGUUUCCUCACUUUCUCAUCUGGUGCACCUGGAUCUCUCCUUCAACCAGCUCUCCUGUCUGCCAUCCUGCCUUCUCAGCUUGCCCGUGUUGUCUUCUUUGCUCCUCUGUCACAACCACCUCUCAGCUUUGCCUCCUGACAUAGGCCAGCUGUCCUCCCUCACCUACCUCUCCCUCCUUGGGAACGAGCUGGUCUCUCUUCCCCCGAGUCUGGGUCAGCUGAAAGCCCUACAGACGCUGGAUAUAUCACAUAACCUCCUUCAGCAACUACCUGAUGAAAUUGGUUCUCUGGAGGAGCUUGUUAAGCUGGAGUUGUGCCACAACAAGCUGAAGCAGCUGCCAGAGAGCAUGGGCUCUCUCCUCUCCCUCAGGGAGCUUGUCAUCUACAGCAAUGACCUCCGCCUGAUCCCAAAUGGUCUGAACAAACUGCCUCUGCUGAAAAUAGAUGUGCGUGACAAUCCUUUGGGACAACCCCCAACCCCUCCUCCUCUCCCUCCUACACCUGAACAGGCAGAAAGAAAAAUUCCAGAGCUACACCUCGGAUUUAAUCAGCACAGUUUCUGUGUUUCGUCUGCUGGGUGUCAUGUGUUUCUCCCAGGGGGGGCUGAGCUGCUUUUCCCCCCGGGGUGCCUGGUGACAGCCAAAAGACUGGAGUGGGUUGAGAAAAGGCCAGAGAGAAAGUGGGUGUGGCUGGAGGAGCACGACAUCUUACUGAGUCGUCCACUGGAACUUCGUCCUCAUGGAAUUACCUUUCUAAAGCCUGUGGAGGUGUGUGUGCCGUACCGUCGGAAAAAAAGAAGGGAGGUGGUGGUGCAGAGGUUUGACGGACAGUCGUGGAGCACUCUGCCCACUGUUCUGAGGAGAGGAAGCGAGAGCCAUAGCAGUCACCCUGGUGGACGUCCUGCCAGGCUGGCCUGCUGCGCAGUGAGACAAUUCUCCUGGUUUAUGGCAGUGUCCCGGCCAAUAAAGGACAGUUGCUCUGUUACACCAACUGGAGCCCUGCUGGUGUCCAGCUCUGACCCGGGAAUUAAGCUCCACUUCCCUCCAGACUCAACCACGCAGACCCGAACUAUAACUUUACAGGUGCUGCAGGUAUCUGUGUCAGAGGUACAGGCACUGUGUGGUGAUCCUCAGGCCAGCGUUAGCCCUCUCCUUUGCCUCUCUCAGACUCCCAGCAUAGAUUUCCUGCAGCCUAUCAAAGUUCAGGUCCCUCUGCCUUCAGGAGUAACAGGCCAUACAGUUGAUAUGUCAUGUUUGCAUCUGCUACAUGGAGACCCCAGCGCCCAAACCUGGACUGACAUUACAUCGCAAGUGUCCCUCUACGUCACCCAUUUGUAUGCCAUUUUCUACGUCACACAUUUUUCCUGGUACUGGCUGUGGUACACCACUCAGCGCUGUGUUAGUGGGGUGGUCAGGAAGGUCUAUCAGAGGCUGAAACAGUUUAAAGUCCAGUUCCUCGUCCUCCAGCGGAAGACUGACCCCUCACAAGUUAUGCUACAGUGUUUACCUUCUAACAAGGUGGACGGCAGAGUACAGUCUUUGUCAGAGCAAUAUGAAGGACCUCAGCCUUCAGACCUGUGUGACCUGUUGGAAGGAGAGCAGUUCUUCGCCGGCUUUGAGAGGGGCUUAGAUAUCAGCACAGAGAGACCAGACUGUACGGAGGGAAGACUGUGUUUUGUGUUUUACUCCAGCCUGAAGAAUCUGAAGGAAGUAUACAUCUGUCCAGCUCAGGGUCAGAAGGGGCCUGUGAGGGGACAAGUGUCUUUUUAUAGAGGGGAGAUUCCCAGCAAUCUGCCAGAGGAAGUGGCGAGAAAGAGGAAAGGACCUGACAGCCAGUGGCUUGCAACUCUGCCGUUAAGACUUCCUGCUCUAAACUCAGAAAAUAAUUUCAUCAUGGAAGAGCUCCAGCAUCCUCCUCUGAACCUUGGUGACCCCGAGAGCGGCUACCUGACAGAAGCCAACCUGCUGUCCAUCUCUCUUCAGAUAGGACAGGACUGGCGUGUUAUUGGCAUCAAUCUUGGCUUAAGCUACCAGGAGUUGGACCGCAUCCAGUACAAGUACAGGGACAACCUGGGAGCCUUGGUGCUGGACAUGCUCUUCCUCUGGGCCCGUGGACAGAGGCACGCAGGACCAGGAGCAGUGUCGAGGCUGGUGGCUGCUAUGAUAGAGAGCAGCAGGAGAGACCUGGCAGAUGAAAUUGAGGACAUUGUCAGUAUAGGAAGGAGAAAGUACUCGGAGUCACUGAGGAGAGUGGGCCUGGAAGCAGAGAGCUCCUCCCUCAGUGAAACCCAGCAGUAGAUAAACCCACGCUGGGUGCAGAUGCUGACUUACACUUGAAUAACCUGUUUGUUUAUGAUGUGCCCCCGUCAUCUCAUCCUGCUGUCUAAACAACUGUGCUGGAGUACAGAAAAUCUUGCAACACAAUCAUGAUAGCCAGCUACCAGCUGGUGGCACCUUUCAAAAGACCUACAGAAGAAAGGUGAAAAGGAUUAACUGCAAGAAGAGCCUGUGGCUUGUGUUUUCCACUUUUUAAAAUAUGUCUCAGUAUGCAAGACGGGUAAAGGGAAGAAAUUAUAUGUUAUAUAUGAUGAAAAUACUCAUGGUAAGUUAAAAUUUUGGGAUACUCAAAUGUACUUAGUAUGUCAUAAUGUUGAUUUACUACCUCAAUUUUAAAUUACAGCAACAUCUCAUAAAUGAGUCAGCAUCUCAUAAUGUACACUAUGUCAAAAUCUUGGUUUAUAGUAAGUCACAACUAUUGACUUAGUAUCUUAUAGGUUUGACUUCGUACCUCCAUUAUUUUGACUUACCAUGAGUCUUAAUGAGUCUACUGAAGUCACUAUUACCUGUUCAGGACAGCAUUAAGAGGCAGAGCCCUGGGAGCUGCCUGGUUCACUUCCUGAAAGUGCAAGAGGAGGCCAUUUUUAUGGUUGAUUAAAUUUCCUCCUUGUGUGCCUUUGGUCACCUAGAAACCAACGUGGCUGCAGCACAAUCUCAAGCAUAUCAGCACAUUUUUAAAUGUAUGUAUGCUUUUUUUAUUUAUCUAUUUGUAGUAAAACCUUGAGAUAAAGAAAUGUCACCUAUGUGUGAAGCUUUCUGCUUCCUCUGUGGUGAGUCACUGGUUGUUUUAAACACGUUUGUUGCUGCAUGCUGCUCCCAUAGACUGUAUGGCUGCUCCUCAUCCCCAACAUUUCAACAUUUUUCUAUUUUGGUGUUCAAGGUCAUCUGGUUGAGAUGAGUCGUCACGAUGACGCCGGCCCCCAUCCCCCACCCCUAAACCUACACUACAAAUAAAAUAUGUGUCCGUACUUCUACCACUAGAGGGCCCUUUUAAA